CUGUGAUCAGCUGUGAUCAUGGCCGCGGACAACGUAGAAGAUAUUCUCAAAGAUUCACUUUCAUUCUUUGGAGGAGAGCCCAUCGCGGAUAGAGAUAUCAUUUCUUAUGGGCCUCUUCAACUGACAGUCGCCCUCAAAGAAGGAAAGGCCAACACCCUUCUCGCAGAUCAUCUGUUCUCACCCUCUCUGUUCCUUGCCGAACGUAUCGAGCGUGGACUGAUUCCUUUUGCCGGGCGUACAACUAUAGAGCUUGGAUCUGGAUGUGGUUUACCAUCACUGUUGAUGGCAACGAGAAAGGAACCACCGACACUGGUUGUUGUAACCGAUUAUCCAGAUGAAGGAAUACUUGGGAAUCUCAAGGAGAACGUGUCUCGGAACGCCUCCCAAUAUUCGAAUGAAUGUAAAGUCAUCCCUUUGGGAUACGACUGGGGAACGGAUACUUCACACCUAAAGUCCUUGUUAUCACCAACCCAGGAUGGUUUCGAUAUCGUGAUACUUUCCGAUCUGUUACAUUUCAACAGUUCACACAAUGCACUUGUGAAAUCCUUGUCACUUUUACUCUCAAAAUCAUCCCAUUCUGUGGCCUACAUUGCGGCAGGAAAAUACACUUACCCACACGUUUGCGAGAAUUUUAUAAGGCUUGGACGAGAUGCUGGAUUCGUGAUAGAAGAACUGUUACCAACUGCAGAGGAAUCAGAAUGGUUGGGCGAAUGUCAAGUUGGUGAUUUUGACAAGGAGGCCCUCUCUAUCAGAAAGGCAGUUUGCCGCUUCUGGACUAGUCGAUGGUCUAUGUAGAAUAGAGGGUAUGCAUAUUCGUCUAACUAGGUACACGUUCAGUAUACACGAUAAAUACCAACU